UAUGCAGCGCGAAAAUAUAUCAACUGCUUAUUGGUAUUGUAACAAGUUAGCUCAGUAUCAAUCGGUACACGGCAGACGUUGCGCCAGUUAACUAUUGUCAGAGUCUCUCUCGCUCGGAGUAAAAUAUGAAAAAGGAGCAAGUGGGGGUAAGCCACAUCAGUGGCAGCACACCAACACUCCGGGAAUGUAAUGUAUCAGAUGGUGUUGGAGCGUUUCGAUCCCGGGAAGUUAUUUAUUUGAGGGAACAAACUCAGUUAGAUUUCGAAAGUGGGAAGGAUACAGACGAAAGCGAUGGCCACUACCAGGCAUCACACCCGACGUCUUAUUUGGAUACAAUGCUGCAUCUUUUCCGCGGUAACAUCGGAUCAGGUCUGCUGGCCAUGGGCGACGCCUUCAAAAACGGCGGCAUCAUCUUUUCACCUAUCAUGACAGCUAUCAUUGGAAUUAUUUGCGUGCACGCACAGCAUAUAUUGCUGAAUUGUUCAGAUGAAAUGUAUCGGGAAACAAAACGAUCGAAGCCACCAGGUUUUGCUGAUACUGUGUCAUUGGUAUUUAAAUAUGGACCCGUGAGACUACGACCUCUCGCAUCUACUAUGCGCGUAAUGGUCAAUGCAUUCCUAUGCAUCACUCAACUCGGUUUUUGCUGCAUCUACAUAGUUUUCAUAGGGAAUAACAUUAAAACGAUUUGCGACCAGUAUGGACUGGAAUUAAGUCUAUCGGUUCACAUGAUAUUUGUCAUAUUUCCUAUACUCCUUUCAUGUAUGGUGAGAAAUCUCAAAUACCUGACGCCAUUCUCGACGAUUGCUAAUAUGUUGAUGGCAGUGGGGGUGGGGGUGGUGUUGUAUGAAGCGGCGCAGAACCUUCCAUCUGUGGAGUCCAGGACUUAUCUGGCAGACUGGCAACAAUUACCCUUAUAUUUUGGUACUGCAAUCUAUGCCUUUGAGGGUAUUGGCUUGGUUUUACCCUUGAAAAAUGAAAUGCGAAAUCCGGAACAGUUCCAGAAGCCUUUAGGUGUUCUUAAUGUUGGGAUGGGUGUCGUGGGAUGUGUGUUCAUCUCGAUGGGAUUUUUGGGAUACUUAAAGUGGGGAGAGGAUGUAGCCGGUAGCUUAACGCUCAAUUUACCACAGGGAAAAGUACUUAGUGCCGUGGUGCAAGGGUUAAUAGCGCUUGCGAUGCUCCUUACUUACCCACUUCAAUUCUAUGUACCGAUUUGUAUUACCUGGCCAGGCCUGCGCAAACACUUGACUCCAAACGGUUUAGUUGCUAAGGAACUAGCCUAUAGAGCACUGCUUGUCAUGCUCACUUUUAUACUCGCUGAAUCGAUACCAGAGUUGGGACUGUUCAUUUCUCUGGUCGGAGCGAUCAGCAGCACAGCAUUAGCGUUGAUGUUUCCACCUCUCAUUCAACUCGUCCUCGAGGCACACAGAAACCGGCUCUCCUUUUUCAUUAUCACCAAAAACUGUAUCAUCAUCCUCUUGGGCGUCUUCAUCUUCACCACGGGGACAUACGAGAGUAUGACGGCGAUCGUCAGCUUCUUUAGAAAGGGAUCUUAAUGUAUUUGAAGAUAAUUUUUUAUAGCAUUUAAUAUUUUAUAUGACUAUAAAAUAGUUGCAUUUUUAAUAUAAGAUCAAAACCAAUCAUUAUUUAUGAUAUAUUAAUGCACUAUAGGCUUUUUGGUAUUUAAGAAGAGUACAAUGGCAGUAAUAUAUAAAUGAAUAAUUUAUUAGUAUGAUUAAGGUAAUUUGUAGGUAAUAAGUAUUGACUUUAUUCAAAUGAAAAGGUUAAUAAGGUGCUAAAAGUUAUAUUAAUCAAUUAGCAGUAUUAAUAAUAGUUGCGGUAUUAUAAACGAUUUUAAAUAGUGUCAAGUAAAAUAAUUUUAUAAAACUUUUAUCCAAACUUGUGUCUUUUGUGAUGAUAUUUAUGUGUUAACGUAAAGUUGUCUGAAUUAGUUUUAGCUUUUAUUGUAUAAGUCCAAAAGACAUUAUUUGUUAUGUUUUUUGUUUGCUCGUUUAUCAUUAUAUGUACACUAUAUUUCUAGGAAGACAUUUUGCAAUACUCUUUUUCGAUCCCAAAGUUUUUAUACUUUGUAAAGAUGGAUUUACUUCGCAGAUUUAUAAUUCUCAUUUCAAGUAAAUAUUUGAAAAACAAACUACUCUACCAACAAUAUAUCAAAAUAUUUAUGUUUAUUGAAGUGGAACUUCUUUAGCUUGAGGGUAAUUUUUUUACAGAUUUUUUGUUUUUGUCGAAGAAAAGGGAGAGAGCGAUUGAGACCGAUUGAGAGAGAGUGGAAAAGUUAGAUCGAGUAAAAAUACACGCUAUUGGUUGAUGAAUUCAUU